UGUAUGUGAGCGUGUGCUAGUCAGCAGAGCUGCCUGUGUGUUUACAUACCAGCCUAUCAGUGCUGCUGGAUUUAGCGCAUCUGUAGAGGACGAAGGCAUUUUGCGGAUGCCCCAACUGACAAGGGAUUCUCAUCGCUACACAGAUCCACCUUCAGCUCUUAGAUCUGUGCCUGUGUUGUUUGCUGCAUCCCCGUCUCCAUGCUUUUGGAGGCAUUUUGAAUUCCCUUGGCAACAUGGAGCUACUUGAAUUAGAAUUCUCUGCAUGACAGUCCUGGUUCACAAUAGGAUGGUCUCUGCUGAGGCAGGGGGGCACAGCUACUUAGUGGCGUGCUGGCAACCCAUCCUAGUCCUGAUGCUGGGCACUGUCCUCUCUGGUUCAACCACAGGAUGCCCAUCCCGAUGUGACUGCAAUGCCCAAGAGCGCUCAGUCGUGUGUCAUCGAAAACGAUUGGCUACUUUCCCUGAAGGCAUCCCCACUGAAACAAAGCUCCUGGAUCUGAGCAAGAAUCGUCUAAAACUUCUUGGGCCAGAGGAAUUUAUUAACUAUCCACAACUGGAGGAACUCCAAUUGAAUGAAAACAUUAUUUCGUCCAUUGAGUCCGGGGCUUUUAGCAAUCUUGUGAAUCUACGGAAUCUCGGGUUACGAAACAACCAGCUAAAGCUCAUUCAGCUCGGGGUGUUCACAGGCCUUAACAACCUCACACAGCUGGAUAUUAGCGAGAACAAAAUUGUCAUUCUGUUGGACUACAUGUUCCAAGAGCUCUACAACUUGAGGGUAUUGGAAGUCGGUGACAAUGACCUUGUUUUCAUCUCACCACGAUCGUUUCAUGGCCUCAGCAAUCUUGAAACCCUCAACAUUGAAGGUUACAAGCUGUCCUCAGUGCCCACUGAUGCCCUGAGCCAUCUGCACAACCUGCUGUCACUUCGAUUACGGUAUCUGAACAUUACUGCCAUUAGGGAUUACUCUUUUAAGCGGUUAUAUAGGCUACGAGUUCUAGAAAUAUCACAGAUGCCUUCCCUGGAUACCAUGACGCCAAAAUGCUUGUUUGGAAUCAACCUAACAUCUUUAGCGAUCACAAAUUGUAAUCUUACUGCCAUCCCUUACCAAGCUAUCAGUCACCUGAGAUAUUUACGCUUUCUAAAUCUGUCUUUCAAUCCCAUUCGUACAGUUGAAGGGAACCAACUUCACAAUUUACAAAAACUUCAGGCUUUUCAUUUGGCUGGUGGCAGAUUAAUUGCCAUUGAGCCUUACUCUUUCCGAGGUCUAAAUCAUCUGCACAUUCUAAAUGUUUCUAGUAAUGUAUUGAGCACUCUGGAGGAAUCUGUCUUCCACUCAGUGGGUAAUUUGGAAACCCUGUCUUUGCAUAACAACCCCUUGGCCUGCGACUGUCGCUUGCUCUGGGUUUUCCGCCGUCGGUGGAGAUUAAACUUUAAUAGACAGCAGCCCAUCUGCGCGUCACCUGUUGUGGUGCAGGGAAAGGAAUUCAAGGACUUUCCAGAUGUCCUGCCUUCUGAUUAUUUCAUCUGCCAGAAAUCAAAGAUUGUGGACAACAAGGUUCAAGAAAGCCAUGUGGACGAAGGAACUACAGUCAGUUUUACUUGCCAAGCUGAGGGUGAGCCUGUACCAGUCAUUAUGUGGCUUUCUCCUAAGAAAGAAUACAUCACCACUAAAACUGUGGGUUCAAGACUUUCUGUAGCCGAUGAUGGCAGACUAGAGGUUCGUUAUGCCCAAAUCCAAGACAACGGGACCUAUUUGUGCAUUGCAAGCAAUGCGGCAGGCAAUGACACCAAAGUUGCUCAUCUUUUUGUACAUAGCUACUCUCCUAAUUGGCCCCAUCAACCAAACAAGACAUUUGCCUUUAUUUCUAACCAACCCAGCGAAGAAAGUGCGAAUGUGACCCGGACCACAAUUCAGUUUCCAUUUGAUGUUAAAACCUUAAUUAUUGCAACCACAAUGGGGUUCAUCUCAUUUCUUGGCGUUGUACUCUUCUGUCUUGUAAUUCUAUUCCUCUGGAGCAGAGGGAAAGACAACACAAAACCAAGUAUAGAGGUUGAGUAUGUGCCCCGCAAAGAAGAAACAGAAGAGGCAAGUCCAUCUGAGACCCCCAUACAAUUCAACAUGAAGAUCAUGUGAACCGUAAAAGGUGGUCAACAAGUACUGUAGAUUUAUGAACUCCAAAUAGGAGUUCGCACACUAUCUUUGUUUCAAAUGUGUACUUGAGUGAUAGCAGUCACACAGUUACAAGCAAAGCAUCUUGACUUUUUUUUUUUUUUUUAAUACAGGAUAGCGUAUUUAUAAUAAAGUAUUGGUUAAUUGUAAACAUUGUACUGGCAAAAAUCUUGUAUGUUAACAUGCACAAAUAUAUUGGAUGCCUGCAUGUAACCAAAUUAGGGUAACUGACAAUAAGAACCACAAGUCUCGACCCAAAUUAAGUAAAUUAAAGAAAACUGUCUGAAUAAUUCCAGACGAUGUUAUAUAUUGCUACAUCAUAUAUAGUAAUAAUAAAUUAAAUUAAUACAGGAAUACAAUUUUUCUUUAUCAGCACAGACUAAGCAAAAAUAAGCACCCGUUCAGAUUCAGAUUUAUGAAGCACAAUACCUUUUUAACCCAAUUGUUGUUUGCUCAAAUGUGCCUCCAGUCUCAAUGUUAUAUUAUGGAGCUAUUAUUUCAUGGAACAAGUAUAUCACAUUUAUAGAUUCCUAAUUUGAGAUUGAAACCAAGCUAUUUUAAAUUUGAAUGUGAUAUUUGCUAGCUACAGAACGGUAAGAUAAUGUCAUUUACAUUUGACGAAAUACACACCUUAACAUUUUGCUAUCGUUGAAAGUAGCAUUAUAAUUUGGUGUGACCAUUUAACAGCCAUGUGUGUUUGUUCAUUUGUAUUUUGUCUAAACUUCUGAACGAUAUCUAAAGAUGUAUAAAGAGGCAAGCUAAAUGUUUUAAAUAGAAUUUCAAAUGCUGUGUUUUUCCCCAGUGUUGACAUGUGUGAUAUCAUACUGCUUUAAUGGUUCAGUUGGAUGAAUAAAGCUGUCAUUUUCCUCAGUCUGGUUGCAUUUACAGAAAAUAAAUAGUGUGCAUGUUAACACACUAAGAAGAAAAACAAGCCAUUAUGUGAUUAUUUUAGCCAACAAAGAGUCCGUCAAAUGUUUUACAUGGCCUCGAAACUGUUUAUCGAUGGUCCCUUUCUCUUAUGUAUACAAUGUAUCACAAAAGUGAGUACAGCUUGCAUUUCUGCAGAUAUUUUAG